AUGACAACUUUUAAAAUAACGUAUGAAAAUAUUACAAGAUGUUUUAUAAUGCCAAAAGAAACUUUAGCAUCAUGGUACGAAUUAGAAACGAAAACACGCGAUGUAUUUGGAAUUCCACAGCCUUUACAAUUCGGUUUAACUUACGAAGAUCGUGAAGGUGAUAUUAUUACAUUCUCAUCCGAAGCUGAAUAUAAAAAUGCAUUAUUAUCUUUAGAAUCUAAGGUUAACAAAAAUAUUGAGAAUGAUAAAAACGAUGAUAUAAUUACUAUGAAAUUUGGAUUAGUCAUUUUACCUAUAUUUACUGAUAAAAUGUCAAAUAAUGAUAUAACAAUUAGUGGUGAAGAUUUCGAAGAAUUAAAAGAUAAUUCUAAAUUAGGAUGUCAUCAACAAUAA